CUUUAUACCUCUGGACCGCAGAAUGUAGAAAUGCAUUCCAGCCCGCAUGAAACAAUUUUCCUUAACUUAUAAUCCAGUAUAGAAGAUACUUUAAGAAAACCUUAAAUAUGGCAGUCCCAGUCUUUAAAAAAGGGAACUUCUUUUAAAAAUCUUUAAAAAGAACUAUCAAAGCUCAUUUGAAGUUAGUAUAUAUUGGUCAGCCAUGGUAAAAGGAGUAUUUUUAACAUGUAAAAAGGGUUUAGCCUGUCAAAACUAUACAAUGUCAGGCAUGCACCUCAAUCUGCUUUAUACGAUCAUUUCUCGCAGCCAUUCUCUAGUUUUGGUCUAGAUUCUAUUACAAAAAUUUGCCUAGUGAGUUCUGAAAAUUACCUAGUGACUUCUGAUGGACAUUUGUAUGGUCCAGUUGUAAAUGGCUUCACAAAUGCAAUACGAGCUGUAUGACCAUUUCUAGUUUAGAAUCACCACAUACUCCAGGAAGUAGAACUAAAUUAUGUUGUUUAAAAAGAUAGAAUUUGUAAUUUCUUUCUAUCAAACUUCAUUCUCUAUGGCGAGCAUUUGAUUAUUUUGUCAAUGAAAGAUAAUCGAUCUAUUCUAGCUUUUGCAUCUCCCCUUUUUUUUUAUCCUUGUAUUUCUUUUGUUUUGCUUGAGCCCAUGAUGCUAGAGUUGCUGCAUCUUCUAUUUCUUGAUAUUCUUCUUCAAGUAGUUCCCAAAAGUCUUGUUAAAUGAAGUGUGUCUUCACUUGGAGAGGCCAAUGAUCAUAGUUUUUUCUCCAUUAAAAAUGGGCACGUUUGAAAAAAAUUGGUAGAAUUGCUGGAAUUUGUUACAACACUGUGAAGUAUGUAAAUAUGAUGAAGGGAAAUAAAAAAAUUGGAUAGAUUAGGAUGUUUUAAUAACAAAUUUGUUGGAGCAAUGAAAAUAUGGAGUGGCAUUUUCUAUUUUGAUGUGGUUAUGCCGAAGUCGGAAGAGAGAAAUUAAAGAGAUGAAAUUUUAUUGAUUAUGUGUUGCAAGUUUUUUAUUACUUUAUUGAUAACUUGAAAGUGUUGCAAGUUUUUUAUUACUUGGGCUCUAAGGCUAUACAUCCUAUUUACACCUCCUUACAUCCUAUUUAGACCUCCUUGGAUUUCUCUAGAAUAUUCUUCUUUGGAUUACAAAAAGGCACAUUUCUAGAGACUAAUGUGACUUGUAUAUGAUUCUAGAAGAUGAGAGAGAAUGAAUCUAAUGGCACACUUCUCUGCAUAACUAUAGAGAAAUAUAACAAUAUUUCUAGAGAAUUCUAGAGAAAGGAGGAGAUGGGUAGAGAGAGAAAAUUACAAAUUAUAUAUAGUUUUUAACAGUUUCUACCCUUAUCAAUCUUGGCCCAUUCUUUGUGUCAUGAAAAUCACAACAGGAAGUGGAAUGGAAUUUAAGAAAUCUUGUCAACAGCAAAAUCUUUUCUUUGCUCUCUUUUCUUCCUUUUUCUUUAGAUCAUGAAUAAGAAAAUUAAUAGAAAGCGAGGGGAACAAUAGAAAGUGAUAAAGUAAGGUGAAUGGAAAACAUUACUAUUCCAACCUUGGUAUCUUGAUCAUUUAACAUUUAUGUACUUUAUUUUAUAGGUUAAGCUCUAGAAAUAUUUUGGAAAUGUUUGGAGUACUCCUGGAGGGUAAAGUCAUGCACAAGGAAAACUAUUAGAUUGUGAAAUGUCAAAAAAUGCGUAAGUAAAAGAUUAACAUCACAUUCUGUAGAAACCUCAAUGUUGCUACAUUUGCACAAAUAGUUAAAUAGAAUGGACAAAUUGAAUUGCGAGUGCUAAUUGUAGAGAUAGUUUUAUGUAAAAUUGCUGCCAUAGAAGAGGGCACAGGGCAGCUGCUAUGAUUUAGCAAUUCCCAAAAUUUGUACCUAAGCAAAUUUUAUUGUCAGACUUAAUAUCAACAAGGAAGUGGAAUGUAUGGAAACAUAUGAUCGUCCUCUAUCCACAAAUUUAUCUAUUGCAAAUAAUAGAUCACGUGCAUUUUGAUGCACGAAUAGGAAUAGUUCCAAGGAUUUGGGCAGAGUCUUUAUUGUUUAAGGUUUUGACAAUUGCAACAGUACGUCUCAAGUUCAAAUCCUACUACUGAACCACCCAAAAAGAAGAUAAAGAAUUAGUUACAUGGGCUACUGCAACGACCCACCCUGCAUGACUGUCAUAGAUGUGCAAUAUUUGGUAGCCUUUUUCUUCCUUUACUUUACAAUUGCAGACACACAUUUUUUUCAUGUUUUUAAUUUCUUGGCAGGAGCCAUAAACCAAAGACAUGAGCUACUGCAAGGUUGAUUUGAAUUUAUUUUCCCAAACAUCAUGUAUCCAUUAUUUGCAUUAACUUAUCAUGGUUGUGGCUUCUCGUUCUUGAGAUGGAUUCAUGUGACAUUCCUCAAUCCCACUUAUCCCUCAUGGCACUCUAUUAAAUUGUGACUAAGACUGAUUAUGAUCAGUUUCUGAUAGCAGUCGUUAAUCAUCCGUCAUGGGCUCUGUAGACAGGAUAUAACCCAUUGAGCCAUGCUAGCAUUUGGUGUUGGAGAUAAUAUUCAGGAUGUUCUUUAGGUUCUUAUUGCAAAUCCCUUCUGUAUGACUUUAAGGUAGCAUCUGAGAUAAUAACUGUAGAACAAAAAAUAAUAAUAAAAAAAAGAAAUUUCAUUGUUUGUCUUGGUGUUCUUUUCUUUGUUCCUUUUGCAAUUGGUCUAUUCUUCAGUUGGCAACCUUGUUCCAAUUGAACCCAUCAUAGAGGACCAAGACCAUAGUCAGAUAUUGAGAUGCAUACUGUCUUUCAGGCUCUGAGUGAAGGCCUUGAAUUGGUUCUCAUGAUCCUUGAUGGAAGACUGAAAGGGGUCGGUUACUCUUCAAGCUUUCUCCGAGGUUGCUAGUAUCUAGAAUGGGAAGGAGGGGGAGAAGAAGAGAGUGGUAUGGGGAGGCUCUCUCUCCUCUGAUAGAGGGGCCGAGCCCGGAAACUUAUGGGCAAGGAGAGAGAAAGGAGAGUUCAUGGGAUGUAAUUCGAGUGUGGGUUAGGUCUCAAAUGGGGAAAGGUCUUCUUCUUAAUAGCCAUGGAGCCUACAAAAGCAAUUGGAAUAGCAGGAAAUUUACAGAUCUGAAGCUUCUCUUAGGUGUUUUGGGUUGCCCUCUAGCUCCUGUUGCUGUAACAAAUGAGCCUAUUCCCCACAUCUCGAUUAAGGACACCCCAAUUGAGACGUCCUCUGCCCACUACAUUAUACAACAGUACAUUGCGGCGACGGGCUGUUCAAAACUGCGGACAGGCAUAAAGAACAUGUACACAACAGGGUCGUUAACCAUGACCUGCUCCGAGACCGAGACGGGAGGUGGCAAGACGGGUAGAGUGAGAAACAACGGAGGAUCAAUAGAAAGGGGAUGCUUUGUGCUUUGGCAGAUGAAGAACAGCACCAACGACAUGUGGUCUGUGGAGCUCGCAGUUGGGGGAAUGAAGCUCCUGGCGGGGAGCAAUGGGAAGGUGGUGUGGAGGCACACACCUUGGCUUGGCACCCAUGCUGCUAAGGGGUCCCCUCGACCUCUUCGACGCGUCAUCCAGGGUCUAGACCCAAGAACAACAGCAAGCAUGUUUGCACAUGCACAAUGUAUGGGUGAAAAGAGGGCCGGCGAAGAGGACUGCUUCGUUCUAAAGGUUGCAGCCGAUCGUCGCACCGUGGUUGAGAGGAGUGAAGGGCCUGCAGAGGUGAUUAGGCACGCGCUUUACGCUUACUUUAGCCAAAGGAGUGGCCUUCUGAUACAGGUCGAGGAUUCACACUUGACACGAGUCCAAGCCACCCCCUCUGAUACUUUGUAUUGGGAAACCACAAUCUCUACGACGAUUGGGGAUUACAGAGAGGUUGAUGGCGUGCUGAUUGCCCAUUCAGGGAGAUCCACAGCCACGAUUUUUAGGUUCGGAGAUGACUCGAGUAGGCAGGGCCGGAGUAAGAUGGACGAGUGGUGGAGGAUAGAGGAUGUUGUGUUUAAUGUGCCCGGUGUUUGCGUCGACUCCUUCAUACCUCCCUCCGAUGUCGGUGCCGGUUUACCGCCAUCAUAGCCUGUGUGUGUGACAUUAGGAUGACCUGGACAUUGCGAUUUGUUCAAUGCCUUGUUUGUUUUGUUUAUUUAGAGUGGUGAGAUUGAUGAUUGAAGAGAUUUAUUUGUAAAUGGGAGUAGUGCUAAUGAAAAGAGUUUUUCUUGGAAAUGGCAAAAAGGCCAAUGUAUAUGACAGAAGCUAUGAUAGACACUCAUCUUUAUUACACUGAACUGCAAAAUUUAAGCAGGCUUUUGAGUUGGAGAGACA